AUGUCCGGGUCGAACAGCGAGAAACUCGGGGCACCGACGUUGAAGACAACCGAAGACGGUAUCCCUCUGGUGCCCCAACCAAGUGAUGAUCCGGACGAUCCCCUGAAUUGGAGCUUCCCCAAGAAGCAUGCCGCCCUGUUUAUCCUGGCCUUGGAGUCCCUCCUCGUCAAAUUUUCAGCUACUCUCAUUGCACCUGGAGCCCAUACCCUAGCUGCGCAGUUCCAUGUCCCGGCAUCCACUGCGACCUACAUCGGAUCCGCGCCUUCGAUCUUAUACGCACUUGCGCCGUUGGUCUGGAUUCCUCUUAGUCACCGAGUCGGACGUCGUCCAGUGCUUCUGGUCAGUCAGAUUAUUGCGCUUAUCGCAGCUAUCGGUGUCGCCAGGUCACAAUCCUACGCCCAAGCUCUGGGUUGCCGCAUGGUUAUGGGAUUCGGGGGCAGUGCCGGUUUGUGUAUUGGUCCCGCUGCCAUUUCCGACAUGUUCUUCUUGCACGAGAAGGGCAGUCGCAUGGGUAUUAUCAGUAUUCUGCUCGUUACCGCUCCCUAUGUCGGUGGCGUGGGUGGAGGCUCUGUCCAAUACAACAAACAACUGGGCUGGCGAUGGUCCAUGUACAUCUCAGCUAUUUGCUACGCAGCGCAAUUGGUUGCCCAAUUCUUCCUCGUCCCAGAAACCAUCUACGAGCGAGAGAUAGCUGCCGCCGAAUCUCCCGAAGCAAAGAAAACCCUGUCUCGCCGCCUAGGCUUCCGUACGCCUACCAAUCCGACCGGCGAGACCUGGGCCCAAACAUUUCGCCACCCGUAUGCGAUGUUCGUCUACCCAGCGGUUGUUCUGCCAUCAUUCUGGGUCUCCCUAUGUGUCAUGACGGAAGUAGCCAACACCGCCGGCUUUGCUCUAAACUUUGGCAUCACCAGCCGCUUCCACUUUAACGUCGCGCAGGUCGGGUUCUGCUACUUCUCCGGUCUGGUUGGCGCCCUCCUCGGUGAACUAUGUGCUGGUCCGCUGUGCGACUUGACCGCCAAACGCUGCUUGAAAAGGGAGGAGGAAUGGCAGCCAGAGAAGCUGCUCAAGCUUUCCCUUACUGGUCUUUUAACAGUCUUUGUCGGUCUAAUGAUCUACGGCUUUGAGCUCGACCGCGCGCAGCAUUGGAUCGUGCCCCUAGCCGGCUCCGCUCUCUUUGUCUUCGGCCAGGAAAUCGUCGUCACAGUCGUCAUGACGUACAUGACGGACUGCUAUCCGGAGCAUGCUGCCGAGGUCGCCAUCGUGUUCCAGUUCUUCUUCAACAUCAUGUGCUUCCAUCCUCCUUUCUACACGCCACAGUGGAUUGCGAAGACGGGCGCGAGCCUGCCGUAUGUUGUUUACGCGAUCAUUCCGAUCGUCUUCUUCCCUUUCGGCAUUGGGCUGUUGAUGUGGAAGGGCCCGCAGAUUCGGAGCAAGGGAGGGCUGUUCGCGUUGAAGAGGAAGUAA